AUGUCUACAGAAAGUGGAAUGGGAUCAAGCAGAAGGAAUAAUAGUGGUGCCGAAUUGGCCAGCACAACACAACCAGCUGUUAACAGAGACUCCUUGGAUCAUAUUGAAGAGCAAAACAACACUGCAGCUACCAUGGGAAGUACACAGGGUUCAUCCACUGCACAGCAAUCUGACGUUCUUGCUUGUCAGAUAUCCGGGAAUCUUACGAAGCACAAGGUAUAUCUACAGCAGCAAGAAGUAUUAUUGUCAGCUCCUGGAGACCCAGUUCUGGAAAACUAUACCAAAGCUACAUUAACAGAUGGAAGACAUACUGUGGUAAGAGGCAGAUUGAUUUCAUUCAACCUCCUAUAGGAGUGAUACUUGACUUUUUUGUCCAGUUAUAUGAAAAUGGUGCAGGUUACAGUACAAUGAACACAGCAAGAUCUGCACUUUCAUGUAGAUAGACAAUUAUCCAUUAGGUGCUCACCCUACGGUUAGACGAUUUUGGAAAGGUGUUUUUCAGCUGCGGCCAGCGACACCUUGAUAUCACAAUAUUUGGGAUGUCCAAGAUGUGCUACAUCAUUUAAAGACAUUUGUCCCCAUAACAGAUAUCACCUUGAAAGAUUUAACGCUGAAGUUGACUAUGCUAAUUACGCUGGUAUCAUCUCAGAGGCGUCAAUCUAUUCAAUUGUUAAAUAUUGACUAUAUGGUCAAAGAUGACACUUCUUACGUGUUUACUAUAAAAGACCAUAUAAAACAGUCAAGGCCUGGAUAUACGCCACCACGUAUAGAAUUAAAGACAUUCGCACACAAUCCCAACAUUUGUGUUGUUUCAACAUUAAAUGAAUACAUGAACAGAACUGUCACAUAUUGAGGUGAGCAUAAACAGUUGUUGUUAAGUUAUUUUAAGCCAUUCAAGCCAGUCACAGUGGACACUAAGUCGAUGGCUAAAAUUGCUUCUGGUACAGGCAGGUAUUGAUACCACAUUUAAAGCCCACAGUACACGGUGUGCAGCCGUAUCCAAGGCAAACGUGAAUGGAUUACACAUAGAUGAUAUCCUUAAAACUGCCGGAUGGAGUUCAGAGUGGACAUUUGCAAAGUUUUAUAAUAAGAGUAUUAAGAUGCCAAACAAGUCAUUUGCUACUGUUGUUUUGGAAUCAAACAGUGAAUGA